GGCGGCGACGCGGCGGGCCCCGGCUUCUGUUACUGCCCGGGCAGCCGCAAACGCAAGCGGAGCAGCGGGGCCUUCUGCUACUGUCACCCCGACUCCGAAACAGACGAAGAUGAGGAGGAAGGCGACGAGCAGCAGCGGCUCCUCAACACGCCUCAAAGGAAAAAAUUAAAGAGUACAUCCAAAUAUAUUUAUCAAACAUUGUUUUUGAAUGGUGAAAAUAGUGACAUAAAGAUUUGUGCUCUAGGAGAAGAGUGGAGCUUACAUAAAAUAUAUUUAUGCCAAUCAGGCUACUUCUCUAGUAUGUUCAGUGGUUCUUGGAAAGAAUCCAGCAUGAAUAUUAUUGAACUGGAGAUUCCUGACCAGAAUAUUGAUAUAGAAGCACUGCAAGUUGCUUUUGGAUCACUGUAUCGAGAUGAUGUCUUAAUAAAACCCAGUCGAGUCACUGCCAUUUUGGCAGCAGCUUCUAUGUUGCAGUUGGAUGGUUUAAUACAACAAUGUGGUGAGACAAUGAAGGAAACAAUUAAUGUGAAAACUGUAUGUGGCUAUUACACAUCAGCAGGGACCUAUGGAUUAGAUUCUGUAAAGAAAAAGUGCCUUGAAUGGCUGCUAAACAAUUUGAUGACUCAUCAGAAUGUUGAACUUUUUAAAGAGCUGAGUAUAAAUGUCAUGAAACAGCUCAUUGGUUCCUCUAACUUAUUUGUGAUGCAAGUGGAGAUGGAUGUAUACACAGCUCUAAAAAAGUGGAUGUUCCUUCAACUUGUGCCUUCUUGGAAUGGAUCUUUAAAACAGCUUUUGACAGAAACAGAUGUCUGGUUUUCUAAGCGGAAAAAGGAUUUUGAAGAUGUGGCCUUCCUUGAAAGUGAACAAGGAAAACCAUUCAUGUCAGUAUUUAGGCAUUUAAGGUUACAGUAUAUUAUUAGUGAUCUGGCUUCUGCAAGAAUUAUUGAACAAGAUUCUUUAGUACCUUCAGAAUGGCUGUCUUCUGUGUAUAAACAGCAGUGGCUUGCUAUGCUGCGGGCAGAACAGGAUAGUGAAGUAGGGCCUCAAGAAAUCAAUAAAGAAGAACUAGAGGGAAAUAGCAUGAGGUGUGGUAGAAAACUUGCCAAAGAUGGUGAAUAUUGCUGGCGGUGGACAGGUUUUAACUUCGGCUUUGACCUACUUGUGACUUAUACAAAUCGGUACAUCAUUUUCAAACGCAAUACGCUGAAUCAGCCAUGUAGUGGAUCUGUCAGUUUACAGCCUCGAAGGAGCAUAGCAUUUAGACUUCGUUUGGCUUCUUUUGAUAGUAGUGGAAAACUAAUAUGUAGUAGAACAACCGGCUAUCAAAUACUUACACUUGAAAAGGAUCAGGAACAAGUGGUGAUGAAUUUGGACAGCAGGCUUCUGAUUUUCCCUUUGUAUAUCUGCUGUAACUUCUUGUAUAUAUCACCAGAAAAAAGAACUGAAAAUAAUCAUCACCCAGAAAAUCCAGAGAACUGAGGAUCUCCUGUUGGAAACAGCAACACUUUGAAAACUUUUCAGGCUUGUUUUUACGGCCCUACUGAUAUUCAUGUCUAAGGUGACUAACAAUGACAUAGGCCUUAUGAACUGUACAGACAAUACAGAAGAUGUUUCUAAUCCUCAUUACAUUUCUAUGCAUAUAUUCAAAAACAUUUUAAAGCCAAGAAAAUAUCUGUCAAACCGUGCAAGUUGUCAUCUCAUGCUUUUAAUUUAGGAUUAGAAGAAAAUUGCUAUGGGUAAAUUAUUACACAUUCUUUGCAACAGAAUACAUUAGCUAAAGUUUUGAUCCUGCCUAAUGUUAGUGAAUUUCGUUUAUCUGUAAAUUUAUUUUUAAUUUGGUAAAAGAAUGCUAAAGGAAUUAUUUGAACAGCCAACUAUAAAUGUUCUUUCAAUUGGUGCCUUUAAAGCUAUCUUGUAAUCUUUUCAACUGCUCAUUUUUAUUCUUCCAUUUAGUCCAAUAUUUUUCCAGUCUAUACUUGUUUUUAAUCAUUAAAAACUUUUGUCAUGGUUUUUGAAGACUAAGCUGAGGAACUUUUAUUUUUUAACCGAUGCAUUUUCAUGUUUAUUUUCAAAUUUAGCUCUCUUAGGCUUCUAAAAACUACAACAAAAAUCAGCUUUAGACCUUCAAAUGAACUCAGCCGAGGUAAAAAUUAGUUUAAUUUGAAGACAUUCCUUUGCCUUACAUGGUCUUGUCUUUGACAGUCUGUAUACCUUUAUUAUUAGGUUUUGAAUUAUUUAUGUACCAGAUAUUACACUUUUGAAUAUUUUCAUGUUCUCUGAUCUUUACAAUUAUUUAUGUUCAAGUUUUAAUUGGAAAUCCCAUUUCCUACUUAAGCUCAGGACUUUAUAACCUCUGAAUGGAGUGCCUUUGAGUUGUACAUGCUAUUAGAAAUUUCAUAGUAAAUGUACAUAAGGUUGGAGGAUCUAAUAUUGAAGCUGGUAAUAAAGCAUUAAUGUAAAAAAAGAACAUAUUUUUGUCAAAAAUGAGAUGUACACUUGUCAUGAUUUACGUAUGUUGGCCUCUUGUGUUUAUUGCUAUUUUGUGACAUGCUCACUUUCCUUCCAGUCAGAAUAAGUACUUUUGUGGUUAAUGUAUAUUUUUAGUAUGUUUCUAAAAAUGGGAAUCAUUUUUAUGUAUCUCUGCAAAUAAUAAAUGACCAUUUGGAAAAAGAAUAAAUUAGCUCUUAUUUAAAAUGGACCAAAAACCAAUCCCUAGCACCACAAAGAAAACCAAACCA